GUCAAAAUUGGAAAGCUAGAUUAUGGCUCAAUUGGUCCGGGCAAAAACGAGUUGGUUAUGGCGUGGAAUGAUUUGACUUUAGUGCAAAAAAAUCUUUUGGGAAAACCGGUAAAGAAUAUUCUGGACUCACUUAACGGUCAAAUCAAUUUCCAUUCAUUGACGGCACUAAUGGGUCCGUCGGGUGCGGGAAAGACUUCACUAUUAAAGUGCGUUAAUAUGCGCUCAAACGCUGGCCUCACGGCUGACACACAGAUGUUUGUCAGUAAAUACACAGAAUUGAGGACCGCUUUCAUAAUGCAAUCGGCGGACGAACACAUCAUUAAUGGAUUAACUGUUAGAGAAUCGCUAUUAUUUGCCUCAAAACUGAAGAAUAAGAAAAGUGUUGGACUGAAAGGUCGCGAUAAUAUAGCGGCCGAAACGGGAGAUUCUGCGAGCGUUGAGCCGGGUUUGGGUCCUAAGCAUCAGGUCAUCGAUGAGACCGUUCCGCUCGACAUCGACGGCAACUUUGAUCACGAUAUGAAUGUCCGGCGAAUACUAUUAGAUCUGCUUUUGGCUGAUUGUGCCGAUAAUGCCGUCCAGACAUGCAGUGGUGGCGAACAGAAGCGUUUGACAAUAGGUCUGGAAUUAGUCCAACAAAAUAAGCCAAACCUC